GUGCUGUCAUAUGUUUCAUUUCUAGUUGAAUUGCCAUUUCGUUAACAUGGAUUACAACGAGUACCUUACAGAAAUGUCCCCAAUGGACGAAAUACUGGAAAGUGACUUCUCGAGCGAUUUUUGCGUUCCAGAUUGGUCACAAAACCAUCGACUGGAAGAUCUGGUUGGCGAAGAAGACUUCGAGAAUGUUUUGUUACAAACAAGACUUGAUUUGGACAACUUCGAGACCGAAUCUACCGUCAGCAGCGAACCUCAGAGUCCUCAAGUUUGCAAAGAUAUCUUUACCGACGAUGAAUUGAUCAGUAUCUCUAUAAGACUCUUAAACCAACGGUUGAAAAACUUGCCAAAAACGGCGGCAAAGCAAAUCAGAAAACGGAGGAGAAGUCUUAAGAAUCGUGGCUAUGCAACACUCUGUCGACAAAGACGCACGGCAUUGAAAGAAAGCCUCGAACAACAAAACCAGCGCUUGAAAUUGGAACUGAAAGAAGCGAGGGAAAACCUUUGCAACACUUUGAGAGACAGGGAUAUGUAUAAGAAGAAAUUUGAACAACUCCAGGCAUUGUAUUUGAGCCGUAAGCGGCCGUUGCAUUCAUGAAAAUCGGUGAUAAUAACACUUUGGAUGCUACAUUCAUGUACAUAUUUCUAUUCUUUGCACUUAUAUUGUGGAUGACAUGACCACGAAAGAAACUGAGCUGACUGUAGUUAGAAUUUCGUAAAGUCUAAGAACCCAUGCUCAAGGAAAAUACUCAGUGAAUGUUUGUUAUGUUAGUGACAUUGAGCUUGAGACACUUCGUCAUGCCACGUUGUGAAUCCCGCUCAUAGUAUAUCGCGACAAAGGUGGAGCUAUUUCUUUACAGCGUUUGAUAUAAUUGAAUGAUCUUCAUCUUGUACGAAACCUUGCAUUGUCCUUAAUUUCUAUCGACUUUAAAUCGUUGGAUGUAAUAUAUUUUGAAUAUUAUCCAGUUAAGAGUUGAGUGUAGUGUGCAAAGUCUUUGG